AUGAACACCACCACUACCAGCGGCGGCAGCUCGCCCGCCCCCGAACACACCGGCCACGUCAUGAGCAACAUGCCCGGGAUGAACGGCAUUGCCAGCCAUGGCGGCAGCAACGGGUGCAAGAUCUCGAUGCUCUGGAACUGGAACACGGUGGAUGUGUGCUUCAUCUCGAGCACCUGGCAGAUCACGAGCACCGCCAUGUUCGCCGGCUCGUGCGUCGGCGUCGUCCUGCUCACCGUCUUCCUCGAGGCCCUGCGCCGCGCCGUCAAGGAGUACGACCGCUUCCUGGCCCGCCGUCACACGGCGGCGGCGGCGGCCGCCGCCGCCAUGUCGUCAUCGCCGCCGCGGGUCCUGCGCUUCAUCGCCGUGCGCGGCGCGGCCUCCUCCGCCAGCACCACGGCGGCCGAGUCCAAGGAGUUCCUCCAGCACGACGAAGCCGUCCCCGCCUUUGCCGCGGCGAGUGGUAACGGCAACGGCAACGGCAACGGCAACGGCGGCAACAACAAUGACAACAAAACGAACUGCGGCACUGCGGCCGCCCCGUGCGCCGCCCCUCCCUUCCGCCCCACGCUGGGCCAGCAGGUGGUGCGGGCGGGUCUGCACACGGUGCAGUUCGCCGUCGCCUACUUCCUGAUGCUGCUGGCCAUGUACUACAACGGCUACUUCAUCAUCUGCAUCUUCUUGGGCGCCUUCCUGGGCGCCAUGACGUUCCAAUGGGAGCCCAUCGGCGGCGGGGGCGAGGGCCAGACGAGCGCCGCCAAGGAGGCCACCGUCUGCUGUGGUUGACGGCAUGGCCAUAUGCCCUUUGUUUCCCCCCCUCCAUCCACGGCAGAUAUUAACGUGUGGGGGAGUGUAUGAUAG